GCUAGGCUAGCAGUCUAACUUGGCGACUGAACCGCACACACGCAAUGGCCUGGCUUGGGGUAUAGUGGAUUAGCACUCGAGGAAGACGGCGCGGGAUUAACUAAUGAGCGAUUGAUCGGAUUAGCCAACAACAACUGAUUCUUGAUUUGAUUAGGAAGAAACAAUCUCUCAACAAACAACUAUGAUUUUUACACGACGGAGGAGAAAGUGUCAUCGUGAGGGACGACUGCCACCUACUCCCCAUGUAUACGGGAGGUACGACUCAUCAACUCCAGUCUCGUUCUGUUUCAAACAGUAGACGUACUACCACAAGUCUCUUGCCGAAUUAAGGGUGUUUACACGGAGUCUCUACAUAUACCACCCACGGAAGUGUUAACUGCUGUCAUAUAACAACAAGCGUUUGCUAUCACCAGUUUCUAUUUGGAUAUUUUUUAUCCUACGCACUGAUUGUGUUAUCGAGUCCUGCCUGAAGCAACUUGUGAUUUUUUUUCAAUUAUCGUUUCAUAAAUAUUUUUUUGAGAAUUUUUAUUCUCAAAAAUACUAUGCUUUGUUUUGUGCAAGAACCUUUCUCCAGCCACAGGACAACGAUAUCGGCGAUUGUCACACUACUACUAUGGAUCCACCUGUCACCAAGUGCUGCUCUUUUACAAGGUACGGUGAAGCAGUGUAGCAAUGAAGGAGAAGAAAUCAACAUUACUGGGAUAACAACUGACCCUUGCAUCGCCUGUUUCUGUCGAAAAGGCCAAGUCGAGUGUGAGAAAACCAAAUGUGGAAACCUAGAGGGCUGCCACGCCAUUUUAUUUGACGGUCCCAGCAAGAAGUGCUGCGACGUAUGUAAAGGUUGUGUGUAUAAAGGCAAAAGCUACGAAAGCGGUCAGAUUUGGUCGGACCCGAAGAAGCCCUGCGAACAUUUUGAAUGUCGGGCUAGUGUUGUCACUAGAUCAAAGAAACAGUGUCACGUCCCGUGCAAAAAUCCAAUCCAAUCCAAGAAUGAAUGCUGUCCUUCAUGCAAAGGUUGCUAUUACGAAGGAAAGGAGUACAAGAAUGGCGACGUUUUUUCUCUCAACACGGACAAGUGUGUCAGCUGUUCCUGCAAUGGCGGCUCCAUCACCUGUACGAAGAAAGCGUGCCCAGUUCUGAACUGCCCCGCCGAAUCUGUUUAUACACCAGAAGGAGAGUGCUGUCCCAUGUGUAAAGGAAAGAGAACCAUCUUUGAUCCAAGGGACAUUUGCUUGUACGCCCGGACUAUCAAACGAAACGGAGACACCUUCAGCCUCUCUCCACAAAAUUGCACGACAUGCACAUGCAACUCAGGGACAACGAUAUGUACUCGUCAGAGCUGCCCGCCCCUUGAUUGUCCAGAGAGUGAGCAAACCCAAGAUGAUGGUGCCUGCUGCAAGAAAUGUCUGCCUAAGAGGGAUUGUACAUUUCAAGAAAAGGGAUAUAAGCACCGUGAGGAAUGGCGUCCCAGUAUCUGCACCCACUGCACCUGUGAUGAUGGCGUCACCUACUGUCAACGUGAACGAUGCAGUAACUCGCUCUGGUGUCCAAAAGGUUAUCGUCUCAAGUUCGAACCUGGUGCAUGCUGUCCUAAAUGUGUUGAACAAGACGCUGUGUGUACUGUAUUCGGUGAUCCUCACUACAGAACCUUCGACGGCAAGAUGUUCAACUUCCAGGGAACAUGCAAAUACCUCCUCGCCAAAGACUGUUCCAAAGACAAUUCCUUCACCAUUAAAGUCAAGAAUGGUGUCCGUUUGUCCUCCGGGUUUGCUUGGACCCAGAUGCUUGUCGUGAUCAUGGGCAACACACGUGUCAGUCUUCUUCAGAACCUUGUGGUCAAAGUUAACAGGAAGAGGAUCGCCCUCCCCUAUACAGAUAGUAACAAGUUCACCAUUAGGAAAGACGGCCAUAGCGUGACCUUUAGGGCUGACAUCGGAUUGAAGGUCGUUUGGGACGGAGACAGCUACCUCGAGGUCACGGUCAGCAGCAAAUACAAGAACCAGAUGUGUGGUCUCUGUGGGAACUACAAUGGUCUUGAGAACGACGACCUGGUUGGAAGAAAGGGCAAGAUCUACGAGAAGGGUGAAGACUUUGGUCAUUCCUGGAGGAUUGGUAGCAAAAAAGCAUGCAAGGUCAAGCCCAAGCUCCGUCGUCUCACGUCCCCCUGCGAGAGUGAUGCCCGUGCCAAGAUGAGAGCCAACAGACACUGCAGCGCCCUCUACGAUAAAACCUUCGCAAAGUGUCGCCGCCAGGUGGAUGUUCAGCCAUACGUCAGUUCAUGUGUUACCGACAUGUGCGAUUGCCCUCAUGGACACCAGUGCGCAUGCGAGUCGCUUCGUGCAUAUGCUAAUGAAUGCAAACGCGCAGGGUUCAAGGUCAAGUGGGACAAUUCAAUGUGCAAUGCUGACACCAAAUGUCCGAAAGGCGCUAUUUUCUCCCCCUGUGCUUCGGGGUGCCCAAGAACAUGCAGCUCCAAAGGCAAGUUGGGAUCCUGCAGUAAGAAGUGUAAACCUGGAUGCCAGUGCAGGAAAGGAACAGUCCUCCACAACAACAGAUGCAUUCACCCAAAACAAUGCCCAAAGAAAGCAUGAAGAUCGUGAUCUACAAGCUUACGGUGGCAAUUACAACGCACGUGCCCCACGUGCAACAACAUGAUCCAGUGCUAUCGCCUCGUGCUCCACGUGCUGACCGUGCAGAGUACAGUCGACCGUUUGCAGUAGUGCUUGGAACCUGUGCUAUGACGUCACAAAGUGCUAAGCAUGUAUAUGCUACAGUUAAUAUUGUGAUUGGGCGUUGGUGGUUCAAAAGAAGGUGCUGUAAAUCUGCUCAGGGUACUUCAAAAAGAGGGAACAGAGUGUCUGAUACGAACAAAGGUAGUUCAGUGGUCAAAAUUCGUAAAUGUUGGGAAAAGAAAGAAUUACAACUGUAAUUUACGAUGAUCACUGACAACGAAAUAUUGAAAGUUGUUAAAUGUUUGUGAGAGGGAAGUGAAACAAAAUGACUGAAACUUACAAUAUGUGGAUUUGUUCAAGAGAAUGUUCAUGUGAUAGUAACUUAAAACAAUGCAUUGCGUAUAUUGCCUGUCCGUAGACAGCAACUAUUGUGAUAUCUUAAACGUUCCCCAGAAAUAUAACCGACAAACCUCAAUUAUUGAUGUGCUCAAAUGUCAUGGAUUCCUAUUUCGUUGUUUUCCACUUGUCAACAUUUCAAUCUCAGGCAAUGAUUUAAUAAAAUCAUGUCGUCUUAUACGUGCUGGAGCAGAGAUAGAUGUUAUGAAAAACAUGUAAUAACGACGGAAACAACGUUUCCAACACAAUAUAUAUAAUGCGGAUUUUAGAAAAUGCGAAAUACGGAUUCGCAGUAACGUUUAAUGUAGUGCAAUAUAUUAACUUAUCGACUUCCAAUAAUGUCCAAGUCUACCUCUAGAAAAAGAACUCCUAUUGCAUUUCUGCACGAACGAUUGUGCUAAGAGAAAGCCACUUAAUCAAUGGCUUUCAUUUCCAAGGUGCUAUACUACAACGUCAUGUGUAUCAUACUUCAUUUUUGAUGAGCUAUUUAUGAAUGUACAUAUUCAUUUUUUUGUAUAUUUAGACUAUUUUCCAGAAUCUGGAAGUAACUUAUAUUCGAUGUACAUAUCAUAUACAUAUUGAAAUUAAUUUAUUUUGCCAAUAAAUCAAUGAAUACAA